GCAAAUGUCAAAUGUCUAAUUUUUAGAGGUUAAAAUUUUUGGGGUGGUUUAAAGAAAACAAUAAUAAAUAUCUCACCAAUAAUUGUUUUUUAUUCUAACAUAAAAAGUACACAACAUGGCUCAAUCAUCAGAAGUUAUAAAACUCCAGCAACAUUUAUCUUUGCUGAAACAAGAAUAUUCGAAACUUCUAACUAAAUACAGAGAUAUAGAAUUUAAAUACAACAAUCUGGUAGCUUCAGAUAUUAAAAAUACGGAAGAUACAUUUGCUUCGAGACUUUUGAAGAUGAUUAACAACCUCUACGAUUCAGAAACGUAUAGUGAUAUAAAAAUCAAACUAAAAGAUCGAGAAAUCAACGGCCACAAACUAGUAUUAACCGCUAGAAGUAGUAUGUGGAACGAAAACGUUUUAAUGAAUAAAAAAGAAUUAGAUUGGACCGAAAUUGAUCCAGAAGUUGCCAAUUCCAUAGUUUUGUGGUUGUACACCAACAAUUUAAAUCUAUCAUCUUCAAUUUUAACAUUGAAUCUAAUCAAGAAAGCACACGAGUUUCAAUUGAACAGCUUAGUCGAGCUAUGUGAACAGUUUUUAAUAUCUGUGGUAAACAUACGAUCAUGCGUUAAAUUUUACUCGGUAGCCGAGGAAAUAGAUGCGAUCAAUUUAAGGGAAUACUGCUCUGGUUUGAUUUCAACUCAUUGGGAUGAUCUCAAUUCAUCAGAUUUCGAUCAUAUGUCAGGACCUUUAUUGUACAAGAUGUUGAAAAGCAAAACACAAUUACCCUUACAUUCUGCUGUUAGAUUGCAAAGGGAAGACGUAGUGUUUCUGUGUUUGGUGGAAAAUUCGUCUAAGUUAACGGAUAUAGUGAACCUCUGGAGCCCCAACGGAGAGCUUCCUCUAGAUUUAGCACUUAGGUCUCACAACGAAAGUAUAGCAGUCACUUUAGUACAACACAACGCAGACAUCAACAUGAGAGAUAAUAAUGGGGAUACUCUAUUACAUCGAGCCAUCAAAACGGAAGAUUCGUUUUCGGCGAUGUUUUUAUUGGAACAAAAUUGCGAUGCAACUUUAUCUACGAGAAAUGAAAAUGAUUCGCCGUUACAUCUAAUCGCAGGGGCUAAUAAUAUCGAAAAUUGCGAGAAAAUAGCCGAGAAGUUGAUUAAUAGAAAUGUCAACGUCAACGCUCAAAAUCGUCAAGGAUUUACUUCUCUUCACAUCUCUAUCCAAGCCGACAACAAACCGAUAUUCCUAUUACUCCUGAAACAAGAUUAUAUCAACGUGAAUCUGAAAACGAACGAAGAACACACCCCGCUAUAUUACGCUUUGUUGAAAUACGAAUCCGGUGACGAUAGCGAAGAAUCUUACGCGGUUCAACUGCUCAAACACGACGUCCAAACCAAUCCGUUGUAUUCUUCGAAUCGCAACAGUUUAUUGCAAGUGCUCAUUUUAGCGGGAGCUAGAAAAGCCGCCGUAUAUUUAUGUCAACAUUUGGCGGGAUAUUUGAAUCACGCUAAUGCAGAAGGUGAAACCGCUUUACAUUUUGCUUGUUCGAAAAAUUAUAGCGAUCUAGUUAAGGCGUUAUUAAAAAACGGUUGUAAUCCGAAUUUGUUGACGAAUGAAACUCGUCAAACGGCUUUACAUUACGCCGUUAAAAAUAAUGCCGAAGAUUCGAUUUUGUCUUUGGUCGAAUAUAAUGAACAAAUCGAAAAUUCCGAAACAUCCAAGGACGAUAAAAUAAUGUGCGAUUUCCAUUGUCGAGAUAUAAACGACGAAACGCCGAUUUGUCUUGCUCUCACCGAAAAUCGCAAUAAUCUAGUACCGGUUUUAAUAAAGGGUAAAGCCGACAUAAACGUACGUAAUAAUUACGAUCAAUCUUUAUUACAUCAAGCCAUUAUAAAAGAAGACCCGAAAACCGCCAUAUUUUUAUUGAAUCACGGCAUCGACUUCAACGCAAUAACCACCGAAGGAGAAACUCCUUUACAAUUAGCCAUCCAUUGUCGUUUAGGCGAAGUAGUCGACGAUUUGUGUACGAGAGGUGUUGAUAUGUCGGCGCCGGAUAGAUUAGGUAAUUGCGCCCUUUGGGCAGCUCUAGAUUCCGAUCAAGAAGACAUCGCUAGUAUACUCGUCAAACACGGAGCUGAUACGGAUUGUUGGGGUCCGGGACCUGACGGUUGCCGUCAGACGCUUCUUCAUAGGGCGAUAGACGAAAAUAAAGAAUCCGCGGCUAUAUUUUUAAUUCAAUCCGGUUGCGAUUUGAAUUCGCCCAGAAUGCCCGGUCAUAACGGCGAGGGUGGCGAAGAGGCUAAAGAUAAAAAAUCACCCCUACAUCUUUGUUGUCAAUGGGGAUUGGAACCUGUAGUUAGGACUUUAGUGGAACACAGGGCGAACGUUAAUAUCAGAGACGCCGAAAAUAAAACUCCUUUACAUAUAGCAAUCGAAAAUAAUCAGGACGAAAUAAUAUCCUUGUUGAUAAGCGUACCGGAAAUUGAUUUGAGUCUAAGGGAUAAGAGUGGUUUGAGUCCUUUCGCUACUGCCCUUACUUAUAGGAAUAAUAAAGCCGCUCAGGCGAUUUUGGAUAAAUUACCCAACGCCGCAGAACAGUUCGAUUCGAAGGGUCAAAAUUUUCUUCAUAUAGCAAUAAAAAAGGGAGACAUAGAAAGUGCCUUAUUUUUGUUGACGGUGCAAGUUGAUGUUAAUUCGAGGGUACAGGAUCCCAUGCUAACGCCCCCGAUACAUUUAGCCGCCAGAUCUGGUAACGAAACUUUAGUUAGGAGUUUGAUACUUGCCGGAGCCAGAGUGGACGAUAGAGAUGCUCAAAAACGAACCGCUUUACAUAUAGCAGCAGAAGCAGGAAACGCUCCCGCCGUCUUGGCGCUUUUACAAAACGACGCCGAUUACGAUGCCGUAGACGUCGAAAACGAUAACGCUUUACAUAUCGCAGUCAGAGAAGGACAUUUGAACGUCGUUAGAACCUUAUUAAUUGAAUCGACAAUAGACGCCGAAGCAGUCAAUUUGAAAGGUCGGAAUCCCUUACACGAAUUAUGUAAAUACGGUAAAGACAACGCGGCUGCGAUUUGUGAAUUAUUUUUAGAAUGUAUGCCGAAUUAUCCUAUAAAUAGCCCCGAUUUAAUGGGAAAUUCGCCUUUACUGUUAGCAUACAUGAAAGCGAACGCGAACUUGUGCCGAAUAUUGGUGUCGAAAAAAGCUUGUUUAUCUUCGGAAAAUUCCGAAAGGGUGACUAUUUUUAAUUAUCAGGUACCUACUAAGAGACUUCUUUAUCGUCUUCUCGACACGCUCUCUCAGCCCGCACCAUGGACGACGACGGAUUCUUGUCAAGAAUGCGGUAAACAUUUCACCCUCACGGUACGCAUGCAUCAUUGUCGUCAUUGCGGCCGAGCACUUUGUACUAAAUGUUCGGAAAAAGAAGUACCGAUUCUCAAAUUCGGCGAAAACAAACCGGUUCGAGUUUGUAACGUUUGUUUUGAUGUAUUAAAAACAGGAGGUAGUCAAUUUUAACGAAAAUUUUAUUGGAUAAAAAGAAUAUAUACUCAACAACAAAAAAAAUGACAUCAAAUUUUAUCUUAUUAUUUUGUUAAAUUAUUUUAUCAAUUCAAAGUAAUAAUUAGUUAAUUUGUAAGUUUCAUACAAAAUCCGCCAAAAAGAAUUUUCUUUCAUUAUUAACGAAAAAAUACAAAGAAAAAGCAAGAAAAUAACACAUUUUUAAAAUACUAUCUUUCAUUUGUAGAGAUUAAACCUUUGAUAUACUUCACUGGCAUCUUCACGAAGAGUAUUUGGUUUAAGUUACUAGGUUACUAAAUUAUCUCACAAAUGCUUUAUCCGCAGUAUUCGAAAACCGUCUCUAGGAGUACUUGGUCGAUGUACUCCUAGCAAUCAGAGCUCCAUUAUAAAUGAAAUGAAUUCCACUCCAAAUCAUAAGUGAUCUUUUGAAAGGUAGGAAUUCUCGAAGAAAACAUUGAGCAAAUCCUCCAAUCGUCGUCACACUCUAUUUCGAUUGUUUGAGUGAUAUGGAGGAUAACAACAGUUCCUCAUUGCUCUACAUUCCAAGCAGAAUGCUGAUCGAUGAAUAAUCGAUUUUCCAGGAAUUGGCCUCGUCUCUAGUCGCCUUGAUGCAAUUCCAUGCUUCUUCAGUUUACUUCGUAUUGUGGAGGUGUUGAAUGACUGUUUCUCCAAUCAGUAGCUCGUUUCUGUAUGGACUUAACCCCCAUACAUAACCAGGUUACUCACAAAAACAAAAUACUUUACUCACAAUUAGCUUCUAAUACGAAAAAUAUAAGGUGUCCAGAUUUUUUGCUGUUAAGUUGUUUUUAAUGGAAGUUGAGGUUAGGACUGAGUCUAUUCCCACUAUGUUGGUAGUUUUGUUAAAAAACAUUUUUAUUAUUUUAAAGUAAAUUUUUUUAAAAAUACUCCUUUUAUUAUACACUGCCCUUUAAAAAAAAAGAUUACUUUGUAUUUGCAACAAUUUUCAAUAAAAAAAUUCCUGUGCGUGUAUGUAUGGAUUUUGGGGUAUCGUAUACACUGCGACCCAAAAGAUCUAUCAUGUCCCCCUUUCUUGCUGCGAUACUGAACAAUCCAGUGUUGUCUCAGCCACUGUAGGUUGUCCCAAUAAGUAGUUUUGCUCCUAUCUACCUUCUUUUACAAUGUUUUUUUCCAUUGUUUUGUAGCUGAUACUACAGAAGGGUUUAAAUCCCAUGAAGGGCUUGUUUGCCCCCAUUUUAUAGAGUUUAUCAGCAAUUUCAUUUCUCUCCACUCCAGUGUGCCCCAGAACUUUAUUUUUCUUGCUUAGUACAUUUAAUUUUUCGAGGCAAUCCCAAACGAGUUUACAUUUUAUGAUAUUAGAGCUUGGCUGCUGGGCUAUGGAAGAGGAUGAUGAUCUCUAGUUUGCAAUAGCUCCUCUCUAGAUUUAACUGAACAUAUUUUUCAAUUGCAUUGAUUCUGGUUGAAAAAUGAUUAGUGCACUGCUCAGACUUUCAGAGUAUUUGGUUCUGGGCCCAUAUACUACUAUUCUCUGUUGCUUUAGAUCCGUCCUUAAAUCAUUCAAUGGCAUUUCUGUUCAUUUCUUGUAUGGUGUUUUGGUCCCACUUGCUUUUACAGCCCUUCUUUUUUGAUACAACGCUUAGUGAAGGUUUUUUCUUGGUGAUUCCGUUUCUGAACAUUCUAAGUGAUGUUUUCUUUGCAACGCUUUCCAUUACUAUGUGGAGAGGUGGGAGAUACUAGAUCAGAUACUAAAAUUUUACUUGAUUUUUUCAAGUUAAAGACACAUCUUGGUCACAUCAGACUGAAUCAGCUGAACUUCAUCUGCGAAUGCUUUUCAUCAAGAAAUUUUGCUUGCAUUGCACUGUUUCAUGUCAAACAGCCUUAGCCUUAGACCUUGCUUAUUCGAUACAAAACGAUUCUUGCAUUUUAUCAAAUUCAAAUGUUUAGCAAAAAGUACAGGAAAAAUUUUGGUAUGGAAAUUAAACCAGAAAAAAACUAUUCUAUUGCUAGUUUUAAUCAUAUAAAUUAUUUUGGGGGCAUUUUCUGGUACUAUUGUCAUUUUAUGAUAUCUGCGCUGUUAUUCAAAAUUAAAAUUCCCAAUUAUAUAGAAUUUUAUAAUUGUUGAAGAAUCUGUCCUGCAUUGUUUGAUAUACGAGGGCAAGUGAAAAGUAUAAUAGAAAAUUAUACAUUCCCUGUAAUAAAACUUUAUUUUUUAUUAUUAUUUUAUUUCUAUGUGCAUACUUAAAUUAUAUAUUCAUUUUCUUUGCUUUAUUAUAUCUAUUGAAAAAUUUGUAUCUAAAAACAAAAAUUUAUUUCGCAUUUUUUAAGAAGAAUGUUAUCUCUAAUACUUUAUAUUAUAUUAUUAUAAAUAAUUGAUUAUUUAUUAAUUAAAAUCAUUAUA